AUGAAUACUCAGAAUAAUGUUUGUGAUGAUGCAGAUUAUUAAUAAAUUAUGGAUCUUGAACAUAAAUAAUCAAAGGAAGUUGAAUUGAUAAUAAAUAAAUUGAAUAUUCUUAUUGAACAAAUCAAUCAUAAAUUUUCACAGAUCAAAUAAGAUUUCGAAUAAAAAUUUAAAGUAAGACAAGAGUAUUUAAAAUAAAUGGAUAAGAAACAAAUUUACUAAUAUAGUUAAUCAAUAAUGAAUUUUUAAGAAUAACAGUAGAAAAUACUUAAAUAAAUGGAAUAUGGAUUUAAUAAUUUGGUAGAAACUUUAAAUGUGAGCAAAAAAGAUUUUUCAUAAUAUGAUAUUACAAAUAUGGUAUGUUUUCCAAAGAAAUCAUUAAAGCCAUUUAAAUAUGAACUUAUUAAUUCUGUAUUAGAAUUAUAAGGGGCAUUUGCUUUUUCAUUUAGUUAAUAAUCUUAAUUUCUGGUUGGUGGGUAUAACUCAGGUAUAAUUAAAAUUUUUGAAUUUGAUAAAGGAUAAAUCAAGCUUAUAUAAGAAAUAUAAGAAACAAAAACUCCAAUAUGUUGUGUAAGUUUUAUGAAUUAAUCUACACAAUUCAUAUCGCGAGGAGAUCCUUAUACAAUCAUAUUAUGGUAAUAAGAUAGUAAGAAUGGAUGGAUAUGUAAGUAGAAAUUACAGGGACAUAGUAGUUUUAUCAAUUGCUUAAGAAUAAAUUAAGAAGAUGAUUUAAUCAUCUCAGGAAGCAAUGAUAAAUCAAUUAAAUUGUGGAGGAUUAAAAAUGAAUAGUGGCAAUGUUCUCAAACGAUUAAUUGUAACUAAAAUAAGAUAAUAAGCCUAAGCAUUAAUGAUUCAUCUAAUUAAAUUAUUUCUUGCGGUUCUGAAAAUCAAAUUAUAAUAAUCUAAUAAUAAUGUGAUUUAGAAUGGAAAAUCAUAUAAAUUAUAUAACUUAAUAAUUCAGGAUUUAGAUUGAGCUACAUAAAUGAUGAUAUAUUUGUAUUUUAAGGUAAUUCUAAAGAAAAAAUGAAUGUUUAUGAAAGAGACUUAUAAAAUAAGUAAUUUAAAUUAACAAAGGAGGUUAAUGUAAAAAACAGCAAUAAUUGUUAAUAUUAUUUUCCAUAAUAAUUCAUAAAAUAGAAAUCAAUUUUGGUGAAUAAAAAUGGAAGAUUUAUUAAUUUACUAAGAGUUAAUAGUAAUGGUGAUUUUAUUAAUGAAUAGGUUUUAGAAUUUGACCAUGAAUUUAUAUUUGGAUCAAUGACUGAGGAUGGAGAGUAUUUAAUAAUUUAUGAUGAUUAACAAAAGAAAGUUUAAAUUAGAAAAUAUUAGGAUUGA